CCCUACUAGAAAACCCUGAACCACCAAAGUGCAAAAAUCCUAUAUAUUUUGGGGGUGCAGAAGCUUGGUGAACAAAGGUAGAAAUUGCGAUGGCGGCUCGGCAAAUUCAGAGGCGAAUUCUGAGUCUUCUCGCUACUAAGCAGCCUCAAACCUACAUCUCUAAAGGAUCAGGAUGGCAUUCUGUUUCUCCUGCGAGGUCAUUUUUUGGCACGGACAAAAUAUGUUCAAGAAGGUGCUUUCAAACAGUUGCAGAAACCGCCAAGCAGGCUGUUGGAGUAGGGGAAGUUAGUAAAAAUUGUGAUUCUGCUGCUACAGCUGUCUCUAGUAUCAAGAAUGAGACCACAUACAACAAGUACACCGUGCAAUCUAAUCUGAAAAUCUCCCCCAGGCAUGAUAUGGUGAUGGUCUUCACAUGCAAAGUAUGCGAGACCAGAUCAAUGAAAACAACUUGCCGUGAGUCAUACGAGAAAGGUGUAGUGGUGGCUAGAUGUGAUGGUUGUAACAACUUACACCUGAUGGCUGAUCGACUCGGGUGGUUUGGAGAACCUAGUAGCGUGGAAGACUUCCUGGCUGCUCGUGGAGAGGAAGUGAAAAAGGGUUGUGCUGAAACUUUAAGUUUCACGCCCGAAGAUCUAGCGGGGAAGAAGAACCUGGAAGAAAUUGGGGAGAAGUAGAAUCCAAAUUUUAGAUUUAGGAUUUGUAGUGUAAAGUUGGCUAGAAUUGAAGUUGAUUCUGUAAUAAAGUCGAGCAACCCAUCUUUAAGCUUAAAUUUCGUCUAUACUUUGAUUUAUAAGGAAUAGAAUGGAGAAUUCAUUGACUUUCAGUUUCA